AUGAACGGGGUGUGGGAGGCCGGGGAGCCUCGGUGCCAGGCGGCGCUCGCGGUCCUGGCCUCGCUGUGCCGGGCCCGGCCGCCCCCUCUCGGGCUGGACGUGGAGACUUGUCGGAGCUUCGAGCUAGAGCCCCCAGAGCGGAGUCCGAGCGCUGCCGACGCAGGCACCUCUGUCAGCCUCCUCACAGUGGUAGUUAUUGUGUGUGGCGUGGCCCUGGUGGCAGUUUUUCUCUUUCUCUUUUGGAAGCUGUGCUGGAUGCCCUGGAGGAACAAGGAGGCCUCCAGCCCCUCCUCUGCUAACCCCUCCCUGGAGGCCCUCCAGAGCCCCAGCCCCAGAGGCAACAUGGCGGACAAGCUGAAAGACCCCAACACCCUGGGCUUCCUAGAGGCGGCCGUGAAGAUCAGCCACACGUCCCCAGAUAUCCCCGCCGAGGUGCAGAGGUCGGUCAAAGAGCACAUCAUGCGUCACACACGGCUGCAGCGACAGACCACAGAGCCAGCGUCAUCCACCAGGCACACGUCCUUCAAGCGCCACCUGCCACGGCAGAUGCAUGUCUCCAGCGUGGACUAUGGCAAUGAGCUGCCCCCUGCAGCGGAGCAGCCCACCAGCAUUGGCCGCAUCAAACCUGAGCUCUACAAGCAGAAGUCAGUGGAUGGGGACGAGGCCAAAACCGAGGCCAAGACCUGCGGGAAGAUCAACUUCAGCCUGCGCUACGACUACGAGAAUGAGACCUUGAUCGUGCACAUCCUGAAGGCCUUCGACCUCCCCGCCAAGGACUUUUGUGGCAGCUCUGACCCUUACGUCAAGAUCUACCUCUUGCCUGAUCGCAAAUGCAAGCUGCAGACACGGGUGCACCGCAAGACCCUGAACCCCACCUUCGAUGAGAACUUUCACUUCCCCGUGCCCUAUGAGGAGCUGGCCGACCGCAAGCUGCAUCUCAGUGUCUUCGACUUUGACCGCUUCUCCCGCCAUGACAUGAUCGGGGAGGUCAUCCUGGACAACCUCUUUGAGGCCUCUGACCUGUCCCAGGAAACCUCCAUCUGGAAGGACAUCCAGUACGCAACCAGUGAAAGCGUGGAUUUGGGAGAGAUCAUGUUCUCCCUCUGCUACCUGCCCACAGCAGGCAGGCUCACCCUCACUGUGAUCAAAUGUCGGAACCUCAAGGCGAUGGACAUCACAGGCUACUCAGAUCCAUACGUCAAAGUGUCCCUGCUUUGUGACGGGCGGAGACUGAAGAAGAAGAAAACCACCAUAAAGAAGAACACCCUCAACCCCGUCUACAAUGAGGCCAUCAUCUUUGACAUUCCCCCGGAGAAUAUGGAUCAAGUCAGCCUGCUCAUCUCGGUUAUGGAUUAUGAUCGAGUGGGCCACAACGAGAUCAUAGGAGUCUGUCGUGUGGGGAUCAAUGCCGAAGGCCUGGGCAGGGACCACUGGAACGAGAUGCUGGCGUACCCGCGGAAGCCCAUCGCACACUGGCACUCCUUGGUGGAGGUAAAGAAAUCCUUCAAAGAGUGGCAGGGCCGAGCCGCCAGCUUCGACAGCGAGAGCUCGUGCCCGUCUCCGAAACCACCUCCGACACCCUGAGCUGCACGGCGGAAGGGCCACACCAACGAGACUCAGCAGGGUUCUUUUUGCACUUGUUCAACCGUCUAAACACAGUGUUGUGCAGCGGCGGCGGUAGGGGCAGCGCCUCUCACUCCAGAGUCUUAGCUGCCCCAUGUAGGUCAAGGCCGAGACAAUCGUCGUGUGGUCAGAUCUGUCUUAGUCUUUUCUGUCUCCCAAGGUGAUAUUUUUCUGGUUCUUUCACUUUUUAUGGAUCUGCUGUCAGGAAGAAAAGAAGAGAAAAAAAAAAAAAAAAAAGAGGGGAGAGCCCUGACAUUGGAUUGGUUCUAUUAAAUACAGUGUAAAAUAGUCGUCUUUGAGGGGGAGGUGGUUUGAGUUUCUGAAAUUUUGUGUCUCCACUGACCUCCGUAACCCUGGAGGAGAGGGAAGUGGGAUGGGCAAUGGCUGUUUUGUUAAGUGGGCUUCGGGAAGGUGCAAAUCUGGCGAAGAGCCUUUACAAAGGCUACUACUUACGACUCUUAGAAGCUCUUUGCUGAUGUGACAUAAACCGAGAUGUGGACUCCUGGUCCCAUGUUGAAAUUGGGAGCACUUCGAGCUGUCUGUGAACCUUCAGCUGGUCGUGCAGGGCUCCUCGCUCCCAGUCCUCCCGAACGUUCCUCCUGAAUUGAACAUGUCUUGAUUCCUCAUGGGAACUGAGUCACUUUCUUUAGGAAUGAUUCUGUUGAAACGAACAUGCCAUAUGUUUUCUGGCGCGCCACAGUUAAUGACCAUAUUUGUUUGAAAACAAGAUCUUUGUUCUCAAAAACAACCUUCAUUGUAAAAAGGAAGCACAUAUGUUCUGGAAUGAUUUCUGCGUUAUACAUAGCUUUAUAGUUCCAUAAAGUAUCAAGCAACUGUUUAAAAUGCCUAAAGAGAUCAAAGAAAAAACUACAUGAAAUGUUCUUUUCUGAAUGGGAAGUUUUGAAAUCCAAGGAAUAGGUGUAGUCUAUCUUUUUAUGAACAGUACCUUCUUGAUUAAAACCAAGUCAGCUUAAGUCUAUUUCAGCCCCCUUGACUCUAGGACAAUGUUCAUCUUAAACUUUAGUUCUAUAGAUUAUUAAGGACUUCAGUGUUUGUUUGUUUGUUUCAGUGGUAGUGAAGGAUUUUUUUUUUUUCUUUAGAUCUCUACCGUAGGUCAAGUUCAGUUUAGGAAAAAAGAAUGUUUGAACUAUUCUGUAUUGUAAUUGUAUAUUUCUGUUGAGUUAAUAGUGGCCUUCCCACCAACCCCCUAGGACUAGAUUGAUUUGCUCCAUCUCAGUCUGUAUAGCCCUGGUAGAUGUGUGGGUGGGUUUUCACUUCAGUUUGUGGCUGUGAAAUGCCAAUUUCCAGAGCUGUGUGUGUGACUGGCAAGAGGCAAGUCUGCUGAAGAAACGCUUCCUUCAACAAUGGCAGGUCAAGAACGUAAAAACUGUUCACACACCUUGUGUCUCACUCUUUACA